AUGUCGUCCGUAACUUCAUUGUUGUCGGCGACGGCCACCUCGUCUGCCGCGCCGAACUCCACGGGCGGAAACAGAGCCACUCCGCAGGGUGGUGUCAUUGAGGGCGCAAACCCGUCGCAUUACAACCCGAAAGAUCCUAUCACCAUCUUCAUCAUCCAGGCCGGGUUGAUUAUUAUCGUCUGCCACCUUCUCCACUGGCCCUUGUCCAAGAUCCGACAACCUCGAGUCAUCGCCGAAGUCAUUGGCGGUAUUAUCCUCGGUCCCUCUGUCAUGGGCCGCAUCCCCGGCUUCAAGAACGCCAUAUUUCCAACAGAGUCCAUUCCAAACCUUACCCUCGUUGCCAAUCUCGGUUUGGUGCUGUACCUCUUCCUCAUUGGCCUCGAGACAGACGUCAGCUUCCUUGUCAGCAACUGGCGUGUAGCGACGUCGGUCGCGGUCGCGGGACUAGCAUUACCCUUCGCUUUGGGAUGCGCACUCGCCUGGGGCUUGUAUAACCAGUUCUCUGGCGAUGAAGGAGUCACGCACAUCAACUUCAGUGUUUAUAUGCUCUUCAUCGGUGUAGCUAUUGCCAUCACGGCUUUCCCUGUCCUCUGCAGAAUUCUGACGGAACUGAAGCUGCUCGACACUACGGUUGGUGUCAUCGUUCUUUCCGCAGGCGUAGCCAACGAUGUGGUUGGGUGGAUUCUCCUCGCCCUUUGCGUUGCCCUCGCAAACGCAGGAACCGGUCUUGCGGCCUUGUGGAUCUUCCUGGCCUGUACUGGCUAUACACUGGCUCUCUUCUUUGCCGUGAAACCUGCUCUUGCGUGGCUUCUGCGCCGCUCCGGGAGCAUUGAGAACGGACCGUCGCAAAGCAUGAUCGCGCUUAUCCUGCUUGUUGCCCUUGCGUCGGCCUUCUUCACGGGCAUCAUUGGUGUUCAUGCCAUUUUCGGAGGGUUUCUAGUCGGUCUCAUUCUGCCGCGUGAAAAUGGCUUUGCCAUUAGGGUCACUGAAAAGCUGGAAGACUUGAUCGGCGCUCUUUUCUUGCCGCUGUACUUCACCCUGUCUGGACUGAACACCAACCUUGGCCUUCUGAACAGCGGCAUAACCUGGGGUUACGUCUUCGCCGUCACUUUCACUGCUUUCUUCACCAAAAUCAUCGGUGCCACCCUCGCUGCGCGGUUGAACGGCUUGGUCUGGAGAGAAUCGUUUGCCAUCGGGGCCCUGAUGAGUUGCAAGGGUCUCGUAGAGUUGAUCGUUCUGAAUAUUGGCUUGCAAGCCAAAAUCCUGAGCACCAGAACAUUUACCAUCUUCGUCGUCAUGGCCCUCCUGACCACGUUUUCCACGACCCCGCUGACCUCGUUUCUGUACCCUCCAUGGUACCAGAAAAAGCUCGAGGCAUGGAAGCGCGGAGAAAUCGACUGGGACACGGGUGAAGCCAUCGCCGGCGCCGGCACCGGUGACGACACGGACACUGUCAAGCCCGCUAGUGAUCGAGUCCGACGGAUGUUGGUGUAUCUUCGCCUCGAUAACAUGCCAGCGAUGCUCAACCUGGUUUCCCUCUUUGGGAAGCAGACCUCGUCUGGUUCCAAGUCCAGUACCGACGAAAAGGGAAGCCUUUCCGUCGACACACCAGUUUCCGGGUCCUCUUUGAAGGACUCGCAGGCCGUCCGAGCUCAUGGUUUCCGCUUGUUGCACUUGACGGAUCGAGAUUCUUCCGUCAUGACCGUGUCCCAAGUGGCCGAGUUCACUCGCAAUGACCCAGUGGUGAACAUCUUCCGCACCGCUGGACAAUUCCUCAAAGUCGCCGUAUCUGGCGAGGUGUCGAUUAUGCCGGAGACCCGCUUCGCGGAAGCGCUUCUGUCAAAGUCGUCAGACAUUUCAUCGGAUCUUUUGCUCGUUCCUUGGAGCGAGAGCGGCAGCCUGGUUGACUCACAGGUCCUCUCAGCCGACAAUGCCAACUACAAGCUGGGAGCAGCGUACACAGGAUUUGCCAAGUCACUUCUCGCCUCCACGGAUCACAACAUCGGCAUCUUCUUCUCUAAUAUGGUUUCCUCGUCAGCCGAUACCGCGCCGGAGCGCAACAGGCUGAUGCGGGCGUACUCCUUCAGCGACAUCCACCACGACAUCCCAUCGAUUCCUGUCACCAACAAGUCCCAUCACAUCUUCAUGCCGUAUUUCGGCGGUAACGACGACAGGCUCGCACUCAUGCUCGUACUUCAGCUUUGCGAGAAGCAGAAUGCUACAGCGACGGUAGUUCAUUUCAGUUCGGGAGAAGACACGGACGCUUCACGCCACGAUGCCGACUACUUCGGCUUCAUUUCUACCCACCUACCGGCCGUUGUGGGAUCUCGCGUCAAGUUCGAAACGUCUUCUGCCAGCAACCCCGUUGACGCUGCUCUGAGCCAAGCCUCUUCCGCUAUCCGAGCCGAUACCCGGGAUAUUUCAUGGCACAAUCUGAUUCUCUUGGGACGUCGUGUCACUGCCCAGUCCGCGCGAGGCAACAUGUAUGCCAACGUUUCGGGCGACAUCAAGGAGUGCCUGGGCCUAGCCGCUGGUGUCUUUAUUUCGUCUGGCAUCAAGGCCGAUUUGCUGGUGGUUCAAGCCAAGGCAUAG